AUGCUCGGCACCCUGGGUGUUGGAGUGUUCUUCGUACUUUCGGGCUUCCUCAUCACUGGAGUGCUCAUGUCACAGAUCGACAAGCAAGAUCAAGUGCAGCAAGAUUCGACUCCCACCGCAUCGCACAAAGUAUCAUUCGAGCGCUUCUCGUUCCUGCCAAGGUUCUACAUGGAUCGAUUCGUACGACUCACACCUGCCCUCGCUCUCAUGGUCGGCAUUGUGUACAAGAUUGGCAUCCAUCGCGGUAUUCCAGCAGCUGUCUUGAAACCCGACGCGUUGGCCGCCUUCUUCUACGCCCACAACAUGUAUCCCCUCAAUACAGGUGACUCGCGUCUCAUGUACCCCGGCAUGUACCUCAACACUUGGUCGCUUGCGGUCGAAGAGCAGUUCUACAUCUUCUGGUCGCUGCUCAUUCCGUUUGUUGUGCCUCUCUCGCUCAAGAAGAGGGCUCUGGUUAUGGGUACCUUGGUCUUUGUCGGCUUCUACGUUCGCUACUUUAGCGGGUACAACUUCCUCGGCGAGAGGAUGUACGGCAUCGACUACCGGUACGCGUACAGCGCCAACGCAUGGAAGAUGUUCAUCGGAUGCUCUGCCCGUCUGCUUCCCGUCCCCGAGAUCUGCACAAGGAAGUGGAUGGGCACCGUCAGCACACUCUGCUUCUUCUGCCUGGCUUACAUGUGGGGUUAUGGCUUGACUAUGUUCGAUUUCCGAACCGAGGGUGCCUGGCUCGAGCUGUUCACAGCUGUGGUUGUGUUGCUAAUCGUCCUCGGCAGCAUCAACGGCAACCCGAUCCUCGAAAGCCAAGUGUUCCGCUUCCCAGGCAGAAUCUCCUACUCGUGGUAUCUGUGGCAGUUCCCGCUGCAGGCGCUUCACGGAUGGCCCGUGGGCAACUGGGGUCCAACGGGGCUUGCAUUCAUGGUGUCCACCUUCACCACGUUCGUGAUCGAAGAGCCCAUCAGGAACAAGUAUCACGCUUGGAAGAACAGCAAGGCCUCCACCAAAAUCGUCGAGGAGAGACAGCAGCACACGCGCCGCGAAGACUGA